AUGACAGGCCCAACGAUCUACGAAGCCAACCGCGUCACCGCCUCCAAAGCCAAACGCGAUACUCGAAAAUCGCAGCUGCCCACGCCUGACAACACCAACGCUCGACCUCCGCUAACGUAUCCACGAUAUCAGAGGACGUUGCGGGCACCAAUCUGUCUCGUAGGUCACCUUCGGACGCAAUGCGCCAGCAACCCGACAGCGUCAACUUCUUCUCCCACGCUUGUCCCCGCCGCUAACCCCGAGCCAACCGCCACCCCCGUCACCGCCGAUUACACUGGUGCUGUCUUGUCGACAUCAAUCACUGCUACCACCCGCUCUGCUCCAACCCAUGCAUCGGCCACAGUCAUCAGCUCCAUCAAUACCACGCAACCACGCAUUCCCCGCACCGAUAGGACGACGUCCCAUCACCUGCUGCCAUCAACACCAGUAUCCCACCUCCAGCGACAUGGACUCGGUCCAUAUCAAUCCUCAUCGCGAUCGCACAUUCACCUCACCUAUCGGUCUGCUCAGUCAGUUGCAAAUCCAUCUCACGGAGACCAGUGCCUGGAGCAUUCGCAUACGAUCGCCGCAUCCGCCCCAACUGCCCUCACUACAUCCAUACAUCCACCCACCGCGUGGGCCUAUUUGACCAAAUACGCAUUCAUGAGUAGCUGCGGUAGACAACCGCCAGCUACACAACCUCAUCACACCUUUCCCCACCAGCACCUGCACCUCACAACACCAUCACCCAUCACGAGCACCCAAUUGCCACCUGCCACGGAAGUGGGAAGUGUGCUUCUCGGCUCCUUCUUUAUGCGGCUCCCCUGCUGCGUGUGUGAUUCGAGUCCGAGACUAUCACGGCGCAUCAACCACCGUGCCUUGGAAGGCUACUGA